AUCAAAUUUGACAAGUUUAGAGUAAAAGUGAUCGUAUUUUAUUAAUUUAGACGUUUUGAUGCUUUUUGCUAAGUUCAGUCAUAAAGUGAUCCUUUGUUUUUUUUUUUCAAACCCUGGCCGCGUUGAGUUUAGUUGGAGUUUGUUUCUGGAAAAGAAGAAAUUGAAAUGGAAAGAGAGAUGAAAUCAAAGGAGGUUUCCGACGUGACAGUCUUCAAAUACUGCUUAGGCGGCUUAACUGACCGGGCCGUUUUGUUGAAGGAGAUUGCAACCUCCGCCACCGAACAGCAGCUUUUCAGAUUUGCCGAUCAAGUUUCUCUCUACUCCGGCUGUUCCCACCACAGGCGUCAGAUCAUGAUUGCAAAACCUCUGAUAGAGCACGGCACCAAGCUAUGGAACUCAAUUGCACAAAACAAUCACUGGGGCACCGCAAUUUUUGAGAUUCAGCAGCAUUUCAUGAACCUCGCUUCUUGCUCUACCUCAUCUCUCGUACAACAGGAUUUUGAGAUUCUGAGGAGAAUCGCUGGAUGCCGCGAUUACAUUGCUCAAGAAAACUUCGAAAAGAUGUGGUGUUGGUUAUAUCCUAUUGCUUGUACACUGUCGAAAAAACGGAUAAACUCGAUGUGGAAUUCUACGUCACCUAAGUGGAUAGACGGAUUUAUUACUAAGGAAGAGGCAGAAUUAUCGCUUCAAGGUCCGAGAGGACUUCAAGAGCCUGGAACGUUUGUACUUCGGUUUCCUACUUCUAGGAGCUGGCCCCACCCUGAUUCAGGUAGCUUAGUCGUCACCUAUGUUGGUAAAGAUUAUACUCUUCACCACAGGUUGCUGUCCAUUGAUUAUAUCUACGGCAAUGAGGAAACCCAGAUGAAUGGAAUAUCCCUACAAGACAUGCUGCUAGCAGAGCCUGAGCUCUCGCGGUUAGGAAGGAUAACAAGAACUCAAACGCUUGGCUCGUAAAACACCCAUCAUUGCAGUCUGCUUUCUUUUCCUUUUUCAUUUCUAAAACACCCAUUGAUGCAGCCCCUUCCCCUGCUUUACGUCGCUAAUUGAGGUGGAGAAAAAAGUUGGCGAUUUUAGAUUUCAUCAAAUCGCAUGUUUGAAAAAUAUUUCACAGCAGAUGCUUACUUUUUUCUUUUCUUUUCUCGGACAAGAAAUUAUGCAAAAUGUAUAUAACCAUCGAAAGAAAAGGUGUGCAUGCUAUCCCGUUGAGCGGUUUUUUUUCUUUUUCGGAA